CUUAUCACGUGACCGUGACGCACUCGCCAGCGCCGCCAUCUUCGUGUGGAGGGAGCCGGGAGGUAUCGCAGGGCGCUGUGAGAGGAGGCCGUCAGCCACAGUAUCUCCCUCCGCCAUGUCCACCGAGAACCAGGAGAGCAGCGUGCCGGAGGAGAACGUUACGGACGAGCAGAAGGAAAUGGAUGAUAAGGUGGUCAGCCCUGAGAAAGCUGAAGAAGCAAAAUUAAAAGCUAGAUAUCCACACCUGGGGCCUAAGCCUGGAGGGUCAGACUUCUUGAGAAAACGACUUACAAAAGGACAAAAAUAUUUUGAUUCUGGGGACUACAACAUGGCCAAGGCGAAAAUAAAGAACAAGCAACUUCCAGCAGCUGCUCCGGACAAAACAGAAGUCACUGGUGAUCAUAUUCCUACUCCACAGGACCUUCCGCAGAGGAAACCUUCUCUGGUUGCCAGCAAGUUGGCUGGUUGAUCAACUCGCCUAUCUGCAUGAAACCACCUCAUUCCCAUUUAUUUUCUGCCUUUUUUUUUGUUUUCCUUUUUUUUUUUUUUUUUUUCCAUGAUUUUUCACUUUUCUUUUUUCCUUUCUGCUCUUUCUUCCUAAACACUGUAGUCGGGCUGACGGCUUGGCUUAGGCAGUAGUAUGGCAAGCAGCUGUCUGGAGUGUAGGAUAUGUAGAAUAGUCUGAAAACAAUGCACUGAUAAAUAGACCUGUUUUGGUAUAGCAAUGUAAAGUUAAGCUACUUGAAAACAAACACAACAUUUAAUUGUACAUAAUGCCUCUAUCAGGUAUAAGCGAUGGACACUUCUGUGGGUUUUACUGUUUUAAUGUUUUGCUUUUCUUUCACAACUUGAUUUCUUCAUAACGUAGUAUUUUGUGUUUUUUUUUUUUUUUUUUUUUUUUUUUUUUUUUUUUUUUUUUAAAUUUCCCUUCCUUUUCAACUUUUCUUUGGAGUUUAAGACCACAAAUUAUGUUUUGAAAGAAAGCAUGUCAAAUCAAACUGGGUUCUCAAAGGUUGUUCUCAGCUUUCUGCCCUUUUAACUUGAAUGGCCUUAAACCUUUCUCAGCUUUAACGAUAGGAUUCGACUUGGGCAAUAUUUGCUCACAUGGCUGUAACCUUUCAUGAACCUAGUAUGUAAUGAAAGAGACCUGUUGAAGCUGGUAUUUUCCUGGUUAGUAGUGUAGAACCUUAUGUUGAAGAUGUGGAUGAAGUGUGCAUGUGCAUAGACUGUUGAAUUCACUUUUGUGCCAUUUUGUAAAUACAAUAGUUUUGCACAACCUUUUUGCAAACAUGUACUAAUUUUUACAGUUUACAAGAUCUGUAUGUAAAGCUGUAGCACAUUUUAGUUUUCAAAUUUAAACAGAAAAAAAAACAAUCUCCCUGGUUAAUUUCAUGAAGAUCAUUCAAAAUUUGUUUUUGUUCAGUUUUUGUUUCGUUGUAAAAAUGGAUUUAUUUGUGGACUUUUUUUAUGGGAUGAAACAAACUGUAUUUCAAGGAAUUAAUUUGGUGAGCCAGGAAAAAGCAACUUAUGCCUGUUCAUGCUGCUGUAGUUUCAUCUUACAAAGAGUAACGAGUCCUCAUAACAGCGCAGAUAUUCCCGGCCUACCUGUGGUUUACACAAUUGUAGAGCAGCCGCAGAUUGUGUCGCAUGCCUAUGUCGAGAAAUUUGCAUGUAUUUUUUUUUUGUCCAUGGCUCCAGGUUACGUGGACCUGCAUGGUACAUGCAUACAUCAAUCUGUGGCACUAAGGGAGGGGAUCUGCUAGUCUGCAGCAAAUUUUUAAGGCAUUAAAACUGACUCCAUAUAUCUGUAUAUUCUAUCCAAUGCUAAUAUAAAAGUUUGGAAUAGUUUGGGGUUGUGACCAGAAGAUAAAUGUUCUGUGUUAACAUGCAUUCGGGACACAUAUUCCAAAACAAACCGUAAAUUUACAACAUAAGCAAAUUCUAAGGUUCGAUAACUGCUAAACCUUCAAGGUGUAUAUUACUGUGCUUAUUGGUGUCCAACAGCAGUCAUUAAUUGGUAUCAACAUUUUAAAGUAGUCUGUGUUAGCAUAUGAACUACAAUAAUGCUGGAUAUACUAAACAUUUAUGAAUAUUGUUAAUAAAGAUUACAACUGUA